UGCUGCAGCCUGAGCCCGGCGCGCCCGAUCGCACGUGGCGGACCCGCCCCCUGUGCCAGCCGCGACCUGGACACCGCCGGCCUGUGUUCGCCCGUCCUCCGCUCUCCCGUGCUCCGCCGGGACUGCAGCCGGGAGAUGAGCUUCCUGAGCCGACAGCAGCCGCCGCCCACCCGCCGCGCCGCGGCCGCCUGCAGCCUGCGGCAGAAACUCAUCUUCGCCCCGGGCAGCGACUGUGAAGAGGAAGAGGAGGAGGAGGAGGAGGAAGGCAGCGGCCACAGCACCGGGGAGGACUCGGCCUUCCAGGAACCCGAUUCGCCGCUGCCCUCCGCGCGCAGCCCCGCCGAAGCCGAGGCCGAGCGCCGCCGCUCGCCCGGCGCCGAGCCGAGCAGCCCCGGGGAGCUGGAGGACGAUCUGCUGCUGGGGGGCGGCGGCGGGGGCGCGGAGGCGGCGGGCGCCGGCACCGAGGGCGACUCCUGGGAGGAGGAGGGGUUCGGCUCGUCGUCCCCCGUCAAGUCACCGGCCACCGCCUACUUUCUGGGCACGUCGUUUUCGCCGGUGCACUGCGGCGGCCCGGGGGAUGCGUCCCCGCGGGGCUGUGGGUCGCCGCGGGCCAUGGAUGGCCGCUGCUCGCCGCUGCCCGGCUAUCCCAGCACCCCGCCGCAUAAGACGUUCCGCAAACUACGACUGUUCGACACGCCGCACACGCCCAAGAGUUUGCUUUCCAAAGCUCGAGUAAUUGAUUCCAGCUCUGUUAAACUCCGGGGUAGUUCUCUAUUCAUGAACACAGAAAAAUCAGGAAGAAGAGAAUUCGACACCCGGCAAACUCCUCAAGUGAAUAUUAAUCCUUUUACUCCGGAUCCUGUAUUGCUCCAUUCCUCAGGACAGUGUCGCGGGAGAAAGAGAGCAUAUUUUAAUGAUUCCUCUGAAGACAUGGAAGCCAGUGAUUAUGAAUUUGAAGAUGAAACAAGACCUGCUAAAAGAAUUACAAUUACUGAAAGCAAUAUGAAGUCACGGUAUGAAACUGAAUUUCAUGAGGUUGAGAAAAUUGGUUCUGGAGAAUUUGGUUCUGUGUUUAAAUGCGUGAAGAGGCUAGAUGGAUGUAUUUAUGCCAUUAAGCGAUCAAAAAAACCAUUGGCUGGCUCUGUUGAUGAGCAGAAUGCUUUGAGAGAAGUAUAUGCUCAUGCUGUGCUUGGGCAGCAUACCCAUGUGGUUCGCUAUUUCUCUGCGUGGGCAGAAGAUGACCAUAUGCUUAUACAAAAUGAAUAUUGUAAUGGUAAUAUUUUCAUAUCUCGAACCUCAAUCCCAAAUGCUGUCUCUGAAGAAGGAGAUGAAGAUGACUGGAUAUCCAACAAAGUUAUGUUUAAAAUAGGUGAUCUUGGGCAUGUGACAAGAAUUUCUAGUCCACAAGUUGAAGAAGGUGAUAGUCGUUUUCUAGCAAAUGAAGUUUUACAAGAGAACUAUAGCCAUCUACCGAAAGCAGAUAUUUUUGCUCUUGCUCUCACAGUUGUAUGUGCUGCUGGUGCUGAACCCCUACCCCGAAAUGGAGACCAGUGGCAUGAAAUCAGGCAGGGUCGAUUACCCAGGAUUCCACAAGUGCUUUCCCAGGAGUUGACAGAGUUGCUAAAAGUUAUGAUUCAUCCUGAUCCAGAGAAAAGGCCUUCAGCGAUGGUGCUGGUGAAGCAUUCAGCGUUGCUAUCUGCAUCUAGAAAGAGCGCAGAGCAAUUACGAAUAGAAUUGAAUGCUGAGAAAUUCAAAAAUUCUCUUUUGCAGAAAGAACUCAAGAAAGCCCAGAUGGCAGCCAAAGUUGCAGCUGAGGAACGCGCACUCUUCACGGAUCGGAUGGCCACUAGGUCCACCACCCAGAGUAAUAGAGCUUCUCGACUUAUUGGAAAGAAAAUGAACCGCUCUGUCAGCCUUACUAUAUACUGAACUGCUCACACCCCCCACUACCCCCUCCAAAAAAAACUGUGACAAGAGGAAGCUAGGUUAAAUCACUGCUAGAAUCCGCUUUGCAAUUUACUUUGUCCAUUGGUAUCAGUAAUUUUCCUGAAAUGCCUUUUAGGACUUAUGUGAAUUACAGUUGAGAGCUAUAUUCUGACUUGGCUAUGUCAGGCUUUUGUCUCAUCUGUUUCAUGUAGGAUUUCAGUCACUGUUGGAUGUUCCACCAGCCUUUGCAGGGUUAACCACUGUGGUGGGUGCUGCGUAUCAUUCACUAUUGCAGUGUGAUGGAAGGUAUCUUUCCUAGCUGGGACCCUUAGAGAGGACUCAAGGCCCUUACUAUGAACAUCCUCUCCCUUCAAAAAGAGAAUUGCUCAGAGACUCAGUACUACUACUCAGCCUCCGAUGUACCUGUGUCAGUCUUACGUUUCUUUUUUCUAUUGUGAAUUAUACUUGUAUAUCCAACUGGGAGCACUUUAGGCAUUGUGUGUACAUGGGAUAGUCAUUCUGUGGAAGCCUUGCCUUGUGAAUUUGCUGCUAUUUUAGUUUCCUCUUGCUGUAAGACUAGCAUUAAACAAUCAUUGUUGUUAAUAGGCUCUCUUUCAAAACAAUUAUGUGAAAUGUGGAGCUGCUCUUCCUGAAGAGCAGCUUGCCUUUUGUUCUUUGGACUUUCAAGCUAGUGCACUGAAAAAGUGCACCUGUCCCUCCAUGUUUGAACGCUGUAUUAAUGUAGUAUAAUUGUUAACUAGUUUUGUAAUUUUUUUCUUAUAAUGUCCUUCUCUUUAAAACGUGUUUCCUUCUGUCAAGUCUUGUACUUGGUUGUAUAGUUAGCCUAUUUUUAAAUGUUUCGCCCAGCUUCUCUUCAAUGUUUGUGUAUAUAAACUGAUCUUGGUAAUACUGUACAUAGCUGUUUGAAAUGCCAGAAUGACUUCUGAUUAUUCCAAGUUUUACACAAAAUACAUUUUACAUGUGGUUAGCCAUUUGACUAACAAGGUUUGGCUAAUAUUAGAUGUUGCCCUCCAAAAGGAAAAAAAAAUGUCUCAUUUGUUUUCCUAUUAACUUUGGUCUGAAAAAUAUUUGCACUUGUCUGUUUGACUUGUGUUUUAUUAAUAUUGACUGGUGUAUUAAAAGUCACUCUGUGCUUACCUUA